UUCUGUAUUUCUCUCUUUCUCACAGUUUGGAAACUCCUGCAGCCGAAAACAAAGUUACAGUCAUCGUAAUGCUUAAUAUUUCAGAAGUCAGAAGUCUGUUUUAUCUACACCCAUUUACCUGUGUGGCCAAGAAUGACUAUAGUCACCAGGCAGCACACGUCAAGUUUAUCCAUCCAGUCCCUGAUUUCCAGAAGUACGUGAUUGGAGUGUUUGUCACAUUGACAUUUACAAUUUCGUGCUCAGUUUUCAUCUAUAAAAUCUUCAAGGUUGACAUUGUGCUUUGGUACAGAGAUUCCUGCUAUGAUUUUCUCCCCCCAAAAGCUUCCGAUGGAAAGAUCUACGAUGCUUAUGUUCUGUAUCCAAAGACCCUCGCAGAAGGCUCCACCUUGAGCUCAGACAUUUUUGUUUUUAAAAUCUUGCCUGAGGUCUUGGAAAGACAGCUUGGCUAUAAACUGUUCAUUUAUGGAAGGGAUGACUAUGCUGGGGAAGACAUGAUUGAGGUCACAAAUGAAACCAUCCGGCAAAGCAGAAGACUGAUUAUCAUUUUAGUGAGAGACAUAGCGGGCUUCAGCUGGCUGGGCCACUCGUCUGAAGAGCAAAUUGUGAUGUACAAUGCCCUCAUUAAGGAGGGAAUUAAGGUUGUGCUGGUUGAGCUGGACAAAAUCCAAGACUAUGAGAAAAUGCCAGAGUCCAUUAAAUUUAUUAAGCAGAAACAAGGGGUCAUCCGCUGGUCAGGGGACUUGAGAGAAGGACCACAGUCCACAAAGACCAGGUUCUGGAAGAACAUCAGGGACACUCUGGAGUGGAUUUAAGUAGACUUCCCCGGG